AAACCAGGAGCACCUACAGUAUGUUUUCUCUGUGUAUUCGGCAGUAGUCAACGGAAUAACCUAUCCUGCAACAGAACCAUGCCCUCUGUGUAUGAUGCUUUCUUGAUAUUGGAGAGCGCAAAAAUCCCACACCCAGCCAUGCCUGUUUUAGCAUCUAGUUUAGCCGGCUUUUUCUCUUUCAACGAGACUGCAUUCGUUGUAGGUGGUGAUUUUUUUCGUUCGUUAUAGCCUAUUGGAAAUCACAGAAAUCUUGUCUAUCCUAUAUUUGCCAUAUGCUUAUCCACAUGCUGAUGACCUUGCCUGUCAAAUUUAGCACCUCCCUCCUGUCACUCGGGGUGCGAAAUACAGUCGUUACUGAAUUUUACACCACCACCGUGCAGCACGUGCAAAGCACGCCCCGUAUUGGAUGGAGGGAACGCAGCUCUCCCUCUGACUUGACCAGAGGUACAGUAGUCUACUCUCCGCUGAGCAUGUGGUCUCGGAAGACAUUAUCAACAUGACCGUGAGAGAUGAGUAGGGAUUCUUUACGGUCGGCUACCUAAAACUGGUGGAUGAUCAUCUCAGACAGAGGCAAUAGCACAGCUUUUACAUGCAGAGAUGUAGGCUACAACAGCAUCAUUAGAGUCAUAUUACAUAGCCAUAAAACAUGAAAUGAAAUACUUUGCAAUAUUCUGAUUAUUUGUCAAAGAAACAGAAGACAGAGCGCGACAAACGGACCUGCAAAAGAAUGUAGCUGGGAAUCUCCGGGACUGACACGAGGCAAGGACUGUCACUGAACUGUUCUCCAUCACCAUCAGGGAGCCAAAUUGCAGCAUGAGAACACAUCACGGCUGAGAGGUCACCAACAUGGAGACGGAUAGCUACACCCCGACCCCGGUCCCUAGCGACUGGGCUGGGAUGGUGGUGAGUGUCGGGUCCCUGGAGGUGGUCUCAGGGGGGAGUGUCUCCUCCAGCACAGCCUGGUACAUGCCCUACUCCCUGGGCUUCCAGGUGUCCCUGACUGCCUUCCUUAUGCUGGAGCUGGUGCUGGGCUUCAGCAGCAACAUAACGGUGCUGGUGCUCUACUGCUCUCAGUCCAACCUGGUCGACUCGGUCAGCAAUAUGGUCACGGUCAACCUGCAUGUGCUGGAUGUGGUGUUGUGUGUGCUGUGUCUGCCUCUGACCCUGGUGGUGGUGCUGCUACCCCCAGGGCCAAACCUGGCCCUGCUCUGCUGCUUCCACGAGGCCUGUGUCACCUUUGCCUCCAUCUCUACUGCCAUUAACGUGCUGGUCAUCAGUGUGGACCGCUACGACAUAUCCGUCCGACCCGCCAACCGGUUGCUCACCCCGCGGAGGGCAGGGCUGUUGCUGACUGCUGUCUGGGCCACGUCUCUGGCCGUCUUCUUCAUCCCUUUCCUGGAGGUGGAGUUUCUCACCGGAGGGUCGGAGAAUGGGAAGCACAUCCCCACCUCAUCCUCCUCCGCCGCCACCAACUUGCCAGUGUGGCGUAACCGGACGCUGCUGUGUGUGGGCGGUCAGGGCUACCACACAGGCUUGGCCAUGUACUACCACCUCCUGCUGCAGGUGCCCAUCUUCUUUACCACGGUGGCAGUCAUGCUGUUCACAUACUCACGGAUCCUGCGGGCCUUAAACAUUCGCAUCGGCUCCCAUAUUAAGAACAGCCAGCGCUUCAGGCGCCCACCCUGUAGGGGGCGCCGUAAGAGACGGAAGCAGAAGGCAGGGCUGGGAGUGAUAGAGGGAGGAGAGCAGUGUACAGACACAAGCAAGCAGCUCUCUCACCCUCCCUGCAUCCCCCCCAUCUCCACAGCCACCUCCCCCCCAGCCCUGUCCUCAGCCCCUCUUGUCAGCUUAGAGGGCCCUGCCACUGCUGCCCCUGUCCCCGGUCCCACUGUCCAGGCGUCUGUGUCGGCCAUCAUCGCACUGCGGCGGGCCGUGAGGCGUCACCGGGACCGGCGGGAGCGCCAACGGCGCGUCUUCAGGAUGUCCCUCCUCAUCAUCUCAACCUUCCUGGGCUGCUGGGCUCCUCUGUCCAUGGCCAAUGUGCUGAUCCUGGGCCUGGGCCCCAGCGACACCCUGGUCAGCAUGCGCCUGUGGUUCCUGGCCCUGGCCUACGGCACCACCGUCUCCCACCCACUGCUCUAUGCCUUCACGAGGCAGAAGCUGCGGCGUGCCCUCAGGGCCAAGGUAAAGAAGCGGGUGGUGUCCCUGCUGCAGUUGGACCCCUCGCCAGGAGGGACAGUCAUACACAACUCCUGGCUGAAGCCAAGGAAGGGAUGUCAGUUACGGCUGGAGGGCAGCGACGCCACUGACCGUUGCCUGGCAGAGCCCCUGUGAGAACAGCACAGACUGAGUGUGUAUAACACUACUAACAGCCAGACAACGGGUGUAUUCACCUGCUCGUUAUACAGGUCUGUGUGAAGGUAAUUGACUCUUCACUAAGCCCCGCCCUCUUAGUUAUUGUUCCUGCCUCGGUCAAGAUUUUCCCAGGAAGCCAAAUUCCUCAUUCAAACCACUGGAGAAAACCCUUCACGAUGAUCUCAAACUGUGUUUUUUUAUACACAAUUAAAUGAAACAGACUACCCCUUGCUGAUUAGGAGACUCUCGGGUACGUUGUGGUGGACUCAUCACAAUGGCUUUACAGAAACCUGAUCAAAUUAAGCUGUUAGUGUGGCUAGCCACUGCCAUGACUCAGCAUGCAGUCAGCUACCACUUUUGGACAGUAGUGUACCCAAUUGUUGUACAUGAGUAAAAGUAAAGAUAGCUUCAUAGAAAAUUACUAAAGUGAAAGUCACCCAGUAAAAUCCUACUUGAGUAGAAGUCUAAAAGUAUGUGGUCUUAAAUAUACUUAAGUAUCAAAAGUAAAAGUAUAAAUCAUUUCAUAUUCCUUUCUAUUAAGUAAACCAGGCGGCACAAUUGUCUUGUUUUUAUUUAUUUACGGAUAACCAGGGGCACACUCCAACACUCAGACAUAAUUUACAAACUAAGCAUGUGUGUUUAGUGAGUCCACCAGAUCAGAGGCAAUAUGGGAUGUUCUCUUGAUAAGUGUGUGAAUUGGACCAUUUUCCUGUCCUGAUAAGCAUUUGAAAUGUAAUGAGUACUUUUGGGUGUCAGGGAAAAUGUAUGCAGUAAAAAGUACAUUAUUUUCUUUAGGAAUGUAAUGGAGUAAAAGUAAAAGUUGUCAAACUAUAAAUAGUAAAGUACAGAUACCCCCCCAAAAACGACAUAAGUAGUAUUUUAAAGUAUUUUUACUUAAGGACUUUACACCAAUUGUGGAGCUAACUAGUGUUCCCGAUCGUAUCCUGAUGUCGACAGCAGAUGAGAGUUGUACUCAUAAUAGGCCUAUAGAUAACUUAGCUAGUUGACAUGCAUUUGGAGAAAACAAGUUAUAUUAACUGGCUAGCUAGCUAGUGUUAGCAACGUGUUUUAAUGGUGGCGAUGAGAGCUAGUAAACAAUACAGCAAAAGUAUAAUUUUGGAUUCGAAAAAUACUCCAACAGGCUCUGCAUUUUAGGACUCACAGUAGCAAGUACCCCUAGUGCACUGUUAAAUUAUUUAGCCAUUUAAACAAUUAAUUUUGUGAUCAAAUCUAUCUGUUUUUUCCACUGCCCUCAUUAACUUCCAUGCGUUUGAAACGAAAGCUUGUCCGUGGAUGUUGGACACAAGCUUGGUUAGAGACCAAUGGUGUACUCAUGACAAGUCAAACUCGAAACCCCCAAGUUAAAAUGAACUUCAGUUAUUUGUGUAGAGCUUCCAAUUGGUUGAUUCUGAUUAGGGUUGCAAAGUGAGGGUAUAUUACUGGAAACUAAGUUUACCAGUAAACUACCAGAAUUUUGAUAUCUUUCAAGUAUUUUAUGUAAUCUAUCACAAGACAUCUAGUGGCCCUUUUGGGUACUUUAGAUUUGUAAAGGUGUCUAUAAUUUAUGUCUGGUCCUCUGUGUGGCCUUAUCACAUGAGCACCAUGAAAUAAGAUGAUUAAAUUAAAAAAUUACUGACACAGCUGUUAAACAUUAUCCUUAAUAUAAACCAUCAACUUAGUGAAUACCAUUGGUGUUUUAAUAUGAGAGUUUCAGUAUGAAAUGUACACUUAUUUAACUAUAAAAGUAUGUAUUUUUUUCCAAUGUUUUUGGACCAAAUUGGUGGCAGAUGUGAAAAAGGUAAAUAAGUAGUUGGAAGAGUUUCAGAGUUAAUUGAAAAUAAUGCCAUUGUUGAUUAGAUGUUUUUUUUUCCAUUAAUUAGGCUAUUUUGUCUUGACAUUUCUUUAUAUAUGAAAUGUAUUCAUAUAUAGUAUUCCUUUUUUAUAUCUGUGUCCAUAUUGUCCAUGAGUUUCUAGUAGAUAGACCAUCUACUAGAAACUCAUGAAUAAUAUGGACACAAAUAUGAAAAAGGAAUACUAUAUAUAUCAAUAAAAAAAAAAUUCAAGUAUACAUUACCAAAGUUACAAUAGAUUGCCAUAGAUUUUCUGUUAAUUACUGAAGAUUCCAGUAACUUUGGUAAUCUACAAGUAGCUUUGCAACCCUAAUUCUGAUACUUUCGAAGUGGGAAACUCGGUUCUCAUCUUUCUAUAAGUUUCCAUGUCGUAAAUGUCACUUUCCAAGUUCCAAGUAGUCUUAAAUGCACCACAAGGCCCAUAGGUUCCGAUCUAUUCCCAGAGAACUUUAUUUGUAUUUAUUAACUACUGUACAUGUAGACUGCUUAGUUAUUGCAGUUUAACUGAAGUCUGGCCAAGACAAUUCCCAUGGACAGCCCCAUAGAGAAGUCAAAUUUGAAAAUUCCUUUAGUCAUCAACUUUGUUAAAAAAAAAACAUCCAUUGAAUUAUUAUUAUUAUUGUCACUGAGGCCGAUUUAUUUUUCUAUCACUCACAGGUGAAGAUAUUAACAUUCUGCAUUCAUGCUCUGACAUCAUGAACCAGCUGGCCAGGGGGAAGAGCCUGAUGGUUUGUUUACCUGAUACCGCCAAAGAUUUUUUAUAACUGACCUAAGAUAGACCACAACCUGUCGUUUACAAUGAGAACAAAUUAAUCGUAGUGGGCAGAACAAGCAAGGAGUUGAGCAGAUCCUAUUGGCGCGUUCUAGCAAACCUUUGCAUAUUUCCGUCAGGGAACGCCUACUCUGAAGUGCGCAUGUGCAAUAACUCAAUUCGUCUUUACGUUCUUCCAAACAAUGCGAUGUCUUACAACUUUGGCAAAGGGUAAAGUCUACAACACUUCGUCCGCUCUGUUCAUAACAGAUUUUAGUUUUGGGAACUGUAUUGAGAUCAAAUGUUUAAUCGAUGAGAACAUUUCAGCCAAAAUCAUUCUCGUUCCCUCUUCUCCCACUGCCGGCCACUGGGCUUCCAGUGUCACGAUUUGGUAUUGUCGGCCAAAAUUCUUCUCGUUCCAUCUUCUCUCACUGCCGGCCACUGGGCUUCCAAUAUCACGAUUUGGUAGUGAGUGGAAACGCUAAGCGGAUGCUUCACAUUUAUACAUUCGGUGAAGUAUUCAUCUGUGACACUGCUGUUUGUCCACUUAGUGCGCAGGCAUAGUCAUUCUGCUAAAUGCCGAUGUAGAAAGAUCGCAACAGCCACAAAACGGCGAUUGCAAAGGUGAGUAGAUUAUGUUGAAAACCACGGUCGUCCAAUUUGGACGCUGUUUCCACUCCAUAUAUACCAGAAAUACUUUUAGAAAUGAGAUGGGAAUCUCAAUGGCCAAUGAAUGGAGGAUCGUAAAAGGCCCCGCUCAGCAGACUUUUGAUCAGUUGAGUUCACGUUGUCAUGCAGCUGCAUGCCGUUGCUAAACUAAUCGCCACGCCAUCCCUUCUAAAAGUAAUGUUAUGAGUCGAGAAACCUGCCCAUUUUCCUGGAAAGUACCAAAUGUUACGAUUUCAAAGCUUUAUGGUUAUUAUCUCCCAUCUUGGAAAAUAUGUAUAAAUGUUGUGUUUUAUUAGCUAGCACCCAAUUGACUCCCAUUCACUCCUUCUCCGACUCCCAACAUCGCCCAGAAUGCACCGCGCGGCCGCUUGACAACGUACGGGCAAUGUACACGAUAGGUGUUAAUACGAAUCGAAUGGAUUUUCCCAUCUCAUUUCUUAAAGUAUUUCUGAGGUAUACCUCAACGUCAGACAGUUGCAAUCCAACGGAGCACUGCAAUUGGUUGCCAAAAAAUCUGAGGUGGGGCUUAGUGAAUUGUCAAUUAUACACUGUAGCAUCCACCUCGGGGACAUACUACAAUAUAACCACCAGCAAAUCAGUGCUGGAUUUCAGAAACACCUCUUGCAGCACUAGUCCAACCAUGUUGUUGCAUCUCUGUGUCCUCAGCCACCUUACUCUGCCUCUAAUACUAAUACAUUAUUUGUUAGAACAAACAAAGCAUAAAAGACAAGAUAAUGACAGGUCAAACAUUGGUCAUCUUUAAUAUACUUAAGUGUCUGUUUACUAAUGGAAAUAUAUACGGUUUAUCAUUGAUUACACUCCCUAGAUGCUUAUGUAACUUCUGUACAGUAUGAGUCUAUUUAGCCAGCAGAGGAUCAGAAUGCCACCAACUCAAGCAUUUGAAGGCAGCUUCCAACACACAAACAUUGACACUCAUAGAUACACAAAUACAGAUCCUUAGGAUCUGCUAAAUGUUACCGAUGCCUUAAUUCUAUUAAGAAUGAUCAAUUGAUUCUGAAUGAGAAUAUUAGUACAUGUGUAUAUCCUUCCUGAUAUAAUAUAAGACUUAAGUACACUCUUAGAAAAAAGGUUUCAAAAGGGUUCUUCGGUUGUCACUAUAGGAUAACCCUUUUGGGUUCCAGGAAUAACUAUUUGGGUUCCAUGUAGAACCCUCUGAGUAAAAUAGUUUUCAAAGGGUUCUCCUAUGGGGACAGCCGAAGAAGCCGUUUAGGUUCUUGAUAGCACCUUUUUCCCCCUAAGGUUGUAUGUACAUAUUGUGAACACUAUCAACUAUUCAUAUGUAAAUAGAGAGGGGGGGGUAAAGAACUUGCGUAUGUAAUAGACAGUGUUGCCUUGGAUAGUUUGUAGUAAACAGAUGUUUUAAUAUUGACAAACUUCCAUGAAGCUCAUAAAUGUGUCCACUCUUUGGCACUGAAUUUGUAAUCAUGUAUUGAUAUUUAUUUAUUGCGGUGUGCUGUAAAUUAAAUAGACAUUGUCAUUACUUAUUCAAUGUGAUUUCCACCUUGUCUAUUGAUCCCCAAAUCAUUUGGUCAUGUAACAUUUGGUCAUGUAAGUGAUCUUGUCAGCCCCUGUGUCAAACCAAUUCAACACCUUUGCAGAUACAAUGGUCCCUAGAGCUGGUGUAACUGAACAGGAAAGUGUUUUCCCCAUAAUUGUCCUGUAUGAAACAAAGGUAGGUUUUUGCACUUCUGGUAUAUUUACUUUUUUUGUUUGUUUGUUGUUUACAAAAAAAAAAAUAAUACAUGAAAAUAUAGGACUGAAAGAAGCUAUAUGUGUUGAUCAGGUAAAACAAAACUGAACAACACUUGGCUUGUGUUCGAUUUCUGCACAACACUGUUCUGUGGUGUAGGACCUUCAUCCUCCUGUGGGACUCUUAGAUAUAUUGUCAUAAAACCUGAGACAAAUCUGAUGUGUUUAUGGUAGGCCUACUGAAUGCUCACACCUGGUUUAUAUACGCAUGUAUUCAUUGUAUAAAUUCUAAUUGUGUUUUCUUGUAUCUGAAUAUAUAUAGAGAGAAGACACUGACAAUAUCAAUAAAUUUGACUAUUGUAUUGGGGCUUUUGUUUGCAGUCAGUCACCUUUUUAUCUGGCUUCUCUACUCCUGUGUUCUUGUCAUCUAUAGGUUUUUUAAUAGGAAGCACAUUUCAUCCCUGAAUAAAGAUGGGUACCACA